AUACGUUUCUUUCUCUUGAUUCGUCACUUUUGUUGCAAGCGAAAUGAAUAUCUUCGAUAUAUUGGGGAACGGCAAAAGCAGACUUUGCAGAGCACCAUGAAACACCACAAGCAAGGAGUGGGAAUUCGCUGGAAAUUUAUGACUUGACCUAAUGGAGCUUUGAUAGCGGGACAUCACCAAUCACAUGAUCAGCAUUACUUGUGCCAUGUGCAUUUGAGCAGAUUUGCAACAGCAGAGACGACGCACAACCGAACGCUUUGGAGGUUUUUUCUCAGCUUUCGGACCUCAAAUGGAAACGUUCUGAAGAUGAAAUUCGACGUUGACAAAGCUUUGACCAGGCUUGGCAAUUUCAACCGAUGGAGACUGCUGAUGUAUACCUGUGUAGCCUUAUCGUUCAAUGUGUCCGGCACAUGGCAUAUGAUGGUGGUGGUCUUCACUGGCGGUGAACCCGACCACCAUUGUAAUCUUCCACCGAAUGUCACGAAAGAAGAUGCUAUACCCAAAGAGAUCGUUCACGGAAAGUCAGUGUAUUCUCAUUGCAAGCAAUACAUCAACCUGAGCUCGGAGACGAACGAGACAGAAAACUGUCCGCAUGGUUGGUGGUAUGAUCCAGAUAUAGGCAAGACGACAGUCACCGAGUGGGAUUUAGUCUGCGACCGUAACUUUUACGUAGAGACCUCACAAUCCGUGUUCGUUGCGGGGGUUUUGGUUGGUGCUCUUCUCUUCACAACCAUGGCCGACCGUUUCGGGAGGAAACCUGUUCAUUUUGCCUGCCAAUGGGCCAUGAUUGUUAUCGGGACGCUUUGCGCUGUCGUCCCAGACUUUACCUCAUUUGCUGCGCUAAAGUUUUUUAAUGGUGCUCUCAGAGAGGGCACUGGACUAACAGGGAUCGUGCUGACAUGCGAGCUAUGGCAAGCCUCCAUGAGGAGUGUGACUGGAGUAGGCAUGCAGUUAUUCUGGUCACUGGCGUGGUUUUCGCUAGCACUACUAGCUUACCUAAUUAGGGACUGGCGGCAACUUCAGCUGGUUAUAUCAUUGGUUAGUCUUUUCACCAUUCCAUUAUUUUGGGUAAUACCAGAAUCCAUAAUCUGGCUGGCUGCUAAUGGCAAGGGACACGAAGCAGCUGAUCUUCUCCGCAAAGCAACCACGUGGGAUGGCAAACCUCACGCAUUGGAUGACAUCAUCGGUGAUGGAACCGAGAGACUAAUGAGCAUCGCGGGAGACGGUGACGUCAGCAAUCAUGUUACCAAUCAGAAGAAGCAACAGGUUUUUAAACGACUGCGGGAUUUACUCAAAGGCGACGAUAAAAAAGAGGAUGACGGACCCAAGUAUACUUUGUUGGAUAUCUUCAGAUCAAGGAAGAUGUUACUCUAUUCGUCUAUCAUGUGCUCACUUUGGUUCGUAAAUACCCUUGUCUACCAUGGCCUUACCCUGCUGUCGUCAAAGCUUGCGGGAAACAUCUACCUUAACUUCUUCUUCAGUGGGUUGGUUGAGGUACCAGCCUAUAUUGUCUGUAUUCUCGUCCUUCAGACUCUUGGUCGGCGAUGGCCACUAUGUUUCCAUCACGUGUUGACAGGGGUCGCUUUACUCAUUGCUUCAUUUUUACCAGAGGAAACAGAAUCUGGUACUGACAUUAAGUGGUUAAUAACUGUAUUUGCCCUGAUCGGCAAGUACGGUAUCACCUUCUCUUUUGCUGAGGUCGUCCUCUACUGCCAAGAGAUCUACCCGACCAAUCUUAGGAACGCUGGUAUCGGGUUGUCUUCACUGUUCGGCCGGGUAGCCAAUAUUUUAGCACCAUUUUCUACAUAUGUAAUAAAAUUUUUCCCGGGCUUUCCAGGAAUAUUAUUCGGCGUAAUGUCCAUCGUGAUAGGCUUCGUCAGCUUGCUGCUGCCGGAGACGUUGGGCCGACCUCUACCUCUCUCCAUCGAAGACAUUGAGAACUGGGACAGGAUUCCUAGGAAGAGGAGCGAGGAAAGAGGAGUGGUAAAAGUGGAUACUGACAGCAGGCAGGACGAAGAACUUUAGGUGAAGAGUUUCAACUGCACAACCGAUUUCGCCAAGACGGGUUAAGUUACGAAGACAAAUAUUUAGUGGAUGUCCCCUGUCACAAUAAUGUGGUAAAGGUUGCUGUCGAUAGGCAGGCCGACGAUAUUAAGAACUUCAUUAAUGAAGUAAUUAGGAUAAUUUUGUUUCGCUGUCUUAAUCUAUGACAAAGUAGAUUAAGAAACAAGUUACGGUCGUACACUUUUCUUCAGGUAUUGUAAAUAGUAUAUAAAUGUAAACAGUGGCAUUGCUACUAGUUAUAAGUGGAUGCAGGUCUGCAUUUCUAUUUUGUAGUAGGUAAAAAUAAUGGUAAACAAAAACUAAAUAUUUUGUACAAAAACAAAAUAUUUUAGGCCUUUUAGGCCUCUGAUCAGCUUUUACGAGGAGCACUCUCGACCACUGGCAACAUAGAUGGACACUCUUCCUCGCACUCGUCUCCAUCCCUGUGAAAAACAGCACCGCAUCAAGAGAAAUUGUUUAACGCACAAUUACCCAGUUUGAUGUGGAAGAUUCGAUGACGGACUGUAUCUGUGUGACUACGUUCUAUAACGGUCAGGGCCCUAUUGUUCUCCUCCAUUGACUGAACCCCGGUACAUAGCAUCACUACGGGACGACUAUAAUUAGUCUGGUCAGAUAGACAUCAGGUUAACUUAACCAUUGAGUCCUGUUGUGUUUGUGAAUGUCGCCUCCAAACCAGGUAUCACUGGUUAUUAUUCCAUAUCCCAAGUUAUAAAAGCGUAAUGCGCUUAUCAAAGUGAUGUUCAAUUCCCAUUUAUAGAUUUGAAAUGUCUAGCAAAUUAUUUAUAACAUCUCUUAUUCAAAAGGUCAGGGAUUGUUUGUCGGCCUGUAACCUUUUCCGGUAAUCUGUAAUUUCGAUGACACUCUGUCUUAUUUUCAUUAAUGACGCCCAGGAGCUAUAUCUUGUCAUCUGAAGACAGAUCAACUUUCCCCAUAACGGUUUCUCGUAAAAAAAGCCAGAUCAUCAAAUGGUCAACACCUCUGAGCACUAUUGGAGAUGGUUACGAAUGUCCGAGCUAAGGAAAGUAUACAAAUGUACCAGCGUCCGCCUUAGUGACGGUCGUCAAGUCCCCGGGAGUCUAAGAAAGAUGUGCACAAGGGGUCGACAAACAAUAUUUCCCUAUUUAUUCAAAAGGAAAAAGAAAGGGUCACAGUCAGGAAAAGGAUUCACGCCCAACUUCAUUCUUACAAUAAGAAAAGUAAUAAAAACAUUCGUAUCGCAUUCAGCAGAAAUAUAAACCACACAGCUCAUACUUUCAUCCCUUUAAAAGGGUUACAGGGUCUCAUUUACUUCCUGCCACUGUAUCAAUACUAGACAGAUUCUCCCUUGCCCCUUUAGCAAUGAAUUGUGUCGGGGGUUCAAAUAUCUGAACCACAAUAUUUGUUUCCUGAUAUCGUGCAUUGGGGGUGAACCGCGAAUGACUCUGAUUUGCAACAUUGGUGUGGGUUGUUCCCUCGGUCUAUGAUCUUAUGCGGCAAUUUUAUGGCUUCAUGGGGCACCACGAAGUAGAUGGAAGAGGCUACCAUGGACCGAAAUAUCCAAAAACCGUUGAAAAAAGAAAGGAAGUGGUGUGGAUACUCUUGUACAUCUAACAUAAUUUAAUCUGUUAAUCAUCAAUUGAUUAAUCGUGCAGUCUUGCCGACCACGUUAAAGCUAUAGGCUACUAUGUAAUGGCGUAUGUAAAGAGAAGUGAGUUGACAU